AUGUCAUUCUUGAGGAAUUUCUUCGGCACCUCCACCACACCAGUUGUUGAUGAGGCAAAGGACAAGAAGACUCCCAUUCGCGCUCUUCCCGCGCCCUGGUACAGCUCCCAGGCCAUGUAUGAGCUUGAACGCAGAGCUAUAUUCUCUCGCAAGUGGCUCCUCACUACACACAAGGCCCGCGUCCCCAACUCCGGCGACUGGGUCCGCUAUGAUGCUGCUGGCUACGAGUUCGUCGUUGCCAAGGAUCACGAAGGCGAGAUCAAGGCUUUCCUCAGCGAGGAUCUCUCACCAGCCCAUGUGCAUCUAGACAAGAAUGGAUUUGUCUGGGUGAACCUGGACUCAGCUGAAACCCCGGAGGUUGCCUGGAAGGAUGACUUCGAGGGCGCCGAUGAGCAGCCUCGCUUCCAAUACUACAACUUUGACGAGUAUAACUUUGACCACACCUGGGAUAUGGAGGGCGCCUUUAACUGGAAGAUUCUCGCGGAUAACUACAACGAAUGCUACCACUGCCAAGUCGCUCAUCCCGACAUUCCCACAAUUGCCGACCUUAACUCCUAUUACGUCAAGCCCAAGGACGGUCACAUUCAGCACUACGGUGCCCCGAGAGAGGAUCAGAUCGCCAAAGGAUUCCGCAUCGCAACCACUUACUUCUGGCCGAAUGCCUCCUUCAAUAUCUCUCCCAAUUUCUUCUUCAUGCAGCGAUUCACCCCCGUGAGCCCAUCCCAGUGUGUGAUGCGCUAUGAGGUCUACCGCCACAAGGAUGCCACCGAUGAGGCUUUCAGCCUUAUCAGCGACAUGUACAAGCGAAUCAUGUCGGAGGACAAGUACCUCUGCAUCGGUACCCAGAAGAACAUCAACGCCGGCGUCUUCGUCAACGGUCUGCUCCACCCCGAGAUGGAGCUGGGUCCUCUCCACUUCCAGAAGACAGUGCGCGAGGUCGUCAUGGAACACCGCAAGAAGGAAGAGGAGGUUGGCCACGAGAUCUGGCCUGCAGCAGAGCGCACUCCUCAAGAAACAAGCGUCAGCGAAGAGCCUGUGGCAUUCGAAGCCGACGCUCCGAGUUACCUGAGCGAGAAGAAUGACUUCAAUGUCACCGUGACUCCGCUGGUCAGCGUCUAG